UAGCAAUGCUGUCCUGUGUUGUGCUUCUCUUGGGCCCUUGGUGGAUCAAUUUCUUGAUACAUACCUACCGGGCAGAGCAGCUUUCAAGAGAGGUUUUGUUGUGGUUCCAACACCGCAUUCUAGAUGGUUUGGAGCUGCAGGGACCACCCACCACAUGUCCCACAGGGGCCCAAUGAAGAGAGAAUGACACAAUCCCUCGAUGAGUCCCCGGAACCAGUCAGAGAGUGUGGGCAGAUCACCAAAGCCAACUGAGCCAGGAAACACCUGAGAUCAUUCUCUUCCCCAGAUCUGACUCAUCCGGCGGCAGAUCUGACUCGCCUGAACAGAACAGCUUCACAUAUUACUUCCAGCCAUCUGCAGACUACCAGCUGCUGACGUCGGCCCACUUCUGGUUCUAUGCUUGCAGAGGAAUCACAGCCAACUCCUCAGCCGGACUCUUUAUCCUCACAUUAGACGGGCAGCUUCUCCAGGUGGCAGAUGCUCUGUCAAAGAGCAGCCCAGAUGGAAGGACAACCUACAUCCUGGACCAGGACCUGUUGGCCCCGUUGCUUGGAGGGCCUUUCCUGCUUAGAGUGCACUGUUUUAACUGUCAGUGUCACAAUGAGGAGCCAGAUAAGAUUCCUUUUCUUCACCUGCACGCUCAACCAGGGCCGGCACGCUUAUCGAGGAGCGUACCAGACCCCAUCUCAUGGUCCGCCUCGGCCGUUAAUCUCCUCCAACGACCCUCACAGGAGAAGAUACAGCACAAUGACUGCGGCCGAGCUGAAAUCCAGAUCAGUUUCCAGGAGCUGGGCUGGGAUUAUUGGAUCAUCCACCCUAAAGUGCUGACCUUCUACUACUGCCAUGGCAACUGCUCAGCCUCAAAGCAAACAAAUACCAUUCUUGGGAUCACGCAGUGUUGCGCCCCUGUCCCUGGAAACAUGAGGUCACUGCACAUCACCGCCACAUCUGAUGGCGGCUACUCCUUUAAGCAUGAGAUGUUGCCCAAUAUCAUUCCAGAAGAAUGUACCUGUAUCUAAAAGUGCAAGUUUAAAGGGGGAACUCACCUACAUAUCACACAAAACAUGUAC